AUACGCGGUUGUUAUGUAUACCGAGCAUAGCGAAGUGUACGCGACUUAAUCGACUCGAAUUGUAUAAAAUCCAAACGGGAUCAUUGGUGUUGACUAAAGUUGGUGAAUUGAAAUGCUUCAUGUCAUGAAAAAUCUUAAACACUUUUGGACGAACGAUUUCACUUUUUCUAGUAAUUUUUUGUUCGGUUUUUAUACGAUAAGAAUUCCAGGCGUCGAACACAAACAUGGAUACGUUUGCGCGAAAAUUCAACCGCUGGAUAAGCAGAAAAAUAGAGAAGCUUAUUGUUGAUUUGACGAAAAGCUCUAUUGGUUGAAUUGGUAUAUUGGACUCACAGGUUUUUUAAUGUCAAGAGAUGUGGCUAUUUGUGAUAGUAUUAGCAUGAUCUCUGACGUAUCAAUUGUUUUUCUUGAACGGAUUUGUGAACCCGGAAUCUGCUGGCUCCUGUUCUGAGAUCAAAAACUGACAGGCAAGCACAUUUCUAUGAAGAGCUAUCGCUUUUCGCAAGCGAGACCCGAAGUAGAAAGCCUUCCCACCCAGCUGCAUUGACUAUAUGGCAGGAGCGCGUCACACAGGAAUGGAAAAAGAGGAUCUUGAUCUUAUUCCCGAUGGAUCAAGAAGCCGCUUUUUUAAGGUUACUUUUGAUUACUACACUCCGCGAGCGCAUUUCGUUCUUUCCGAGCUCCAUCGCGGAAGGGCACGAAUUGGCCAAGACUUUGGCAAGAUACCUCUACGUUUGAAGCGAGAAAUCAUACGACUGGCCAAUGUAAUGAUCUCUGAGUACGACUUGCCGCAAGGUGGCGUUUUUUCUAUUCACUGUGGAUCGUGGACGACAAACGACCACACAUUCCAUGCUUUCAUCUGCGUAGAUGUUGACGAUUACAUCAGGCUGUUUUACAGAAGAGAAAACGAAAUCCCAAACUGGCCAAGUAGGAGUUUCGUUACCAGAGAAUGGAAGGCAAGCCGAAAUCCUUCCGAAUAUGUGAAAAAUGUUCGUGGCUAUCCAUACAAAGAAUACUUCAAAGCCGAAUGCCAAGGGAUCAGAAGGUUCAUCGAAAAAGAACAACGCAGAGAAGACGAAGGCAAAGCGAAGCACAGGAGAGUAUGCCCGACAAUUGAUGAAAACUACGGAAACUUCGAAGGAUUCCUGGUUGUUUAUCAUCCUUCGGAGCCAAGAGUUGGUUUUGUCCUCAACACCAGAGAACAUGUGAACCAGGAUGAUCAUUUGAGAGCACUGGACGCGAUGUACAAGUUUGCAGAGGCGAGUAAACUAACUAACCUCAAAACGAAGGGAGAAGAUAAAGGAUGCCAUAUUUGUUUGGUACUUGACCAACAAACCCAAGGUUUCCCGCUCAAUUCUGCUCAACGUUUGCUGGGUUUCAUCCAAGUAAGUGGAACUAAAUUCUACAAGGAUUUCUGUCCUGAAGAUGCUAAAGAAAGCUGGUUUCUUGAUUUUGGUAGUCGCGAGGAUUACAAAGUCUACACUUGAUUCCCCAAAUUAGUUUCUUGUUUGUUCGUUUGUUUGUUUUUGGCGUCGCGCACCAAUUUUAUCACGUUUCAGCGCUGAUCAGUAGAUCCAGUAGAUUCAAUUUCUAACGGUCUAUAGUACUCAUACUUUUUUGGGAGUUGACCGAAGCCAUAAACCUAGAAGUUGUAAAGAUCGCAGAAACUCGCAGAAAUAUAAAAGCGCAUUUGAUAA